UUGCAUACAAAAGAGACCUCUGCUUUUGCCUCCAUACUAAUUCUAAGAACCCCGAAUAAACUGAGGGAAAGAAAGAUUUAAAAAGGAUACAACAAUGGUGCCUUAAACUUUUUAUAGAUCUGUGUUUUAUCUAACAUUUUGCAAAAACAAGGAUUCCUGUUUUUUCCUGUUUUUCUUUUUGUAUCCUAAAGUAAGUAAACGAAGUCAACAAAAUGGGAGACAGCAAGCUUAUCCUUUGUUGCUUCAUUGCUUGCAUUUUGUUCCUCGGCGUUAAUGGAGAAAACCCUUAUCGUUAUAUCACUUGGAAAGUCACCUACGGUGAUAUUUACCCUCUUGGAGUUAAGCAACAGGGGAUCUUAAUAAAUGGGCAGUUUCCAGGGCCUCAUAUCGAUGCAGUUACUAAUGACAACUUGAUUAUCAGUGUUUAUAACUACUUAAAUGAACCAUUCCUUAUCUCUUGGAACGGUGUGCAGCAAAGGAGGAACUCAUGGCAGGAUGGAGUUUCUGGCACAAACUGUCCAAUUCGACCAGGGAAAAACUUCACUUACGUUCUCCAAGUGAAAGAUCAGAUUGGUAGCUUUUACUACUUCCCAUCACUUUUAUUCCAUAAGGCUGCCGGAGGGUACGGUGCUAUCAGAAUCUGGAGCCGCCCCAAGAUCCCUGUACCUUUCCCUAGUCCUGCUGGGGAUUUCACUGUACUGGCUGGGGACUGGUAUAAGACAAAUCACUAUGUAUUGAGACGUCUCUUGGACAGUGGUCAUAACCUUCCCUUCCCCGAUGGACUUCUCAUCAAUGGUCGAGGGUGGAAUGGAUACACAUUCACUGUUGAUCCAGGUAGGACAUACCGGUUUAGGGUAUCGAAUGUUGGGCUCACAACUUCAAUUAACUUCAGGAUCCAGGGGCACAAGCUGAAACUUAUAGAAGUUGAAGGAUCACAUACGCUUCAGAACACCUACACUUCUUUCGAUAUCCAUCUUGGGCAGUCAUGUUCUUUCUUGGUAACUGCUGAUCAGAUUCCACAGGACUACUAUGUUGUUGCCUCUACACGCUUCACUCGUCGUGUGCUCACAACAACUGCUGUUCUUCACUACAGCAAUUCGAAAAGGGGAGUUUCUGGUCCAGUGCCUGGGGCUCCCACUAUACAAAUUGCUCCAUCAGUCAUGCAGGCCAGAUCGAUACGUUGGAACCUAACAGCUAGUGGACCUAGACCUAAUCCCCAAGGCUCUUACCAUUAUGGAUUGAUCACUCCAAGCCGCACUAUCAUGCUCUCAAACUCUGCACCUUAUAUUAAUGGAAAGCAGAGGUAUGCUGUCAAUGGUGUCUCAUAUGUUCCAGCGGAUACUCCAUUAAAAAUUGCAGAUUACUUCAAGAUUCCCGGAGUCUUCAAUCUUGGAAGCAUUCCUACUUGGCCCCCUUCAGGAAAUAAUGCCUACUUUCAGACCUCUGUCAUGGCAGCCAACUUCCGAGAAUAUGUUGAGAUUGUAUUUCAAAAUUGGGAGGACACUGUGCAGUCAUGGCAUAUUGAUGGCUAUUCCUUCUUUGUUGUAGGGAUGAAUGGAGGUCAAUGGACACCUGCUAGUCGAUCAAGCUACAAUUUGAGAGACACGGUAGCCCGCUGCACCACUCAGGUGUAUCCCAGGUCAUGGACUGCAAUCUACAUGGCUUUAGACAACGUGGGAAUGUGGAAUAUACGGUCCGAGAACUGGGCCAGGCAAUAUUUAGGCCAGCAGUUUUAUCUCAGGGUUUACUCCCCUGCAAAUUCAUGGAGAGAUGAAUUACCAAUCCCGAAGAACGCCCUUCUCUGUGGCCGGGCUAGAGGUCGCCAUACAAGGCCUUUCUGAAUUAGCUAACAAGAAUAAUAAUGUCACGAGAGGGUGACAUGUCGCAAGCUUGGAAAUAUGAAGAGCAAAAUUAGAUUGUUAAUUGCGGAUUAUUAGAGGUCAACUUGAGCUUUUUGAACCAAUUUCUUUCUUGGCCUUGUGUUCCUAGAACAACUUUGUUGUUUUUAUGAUAACAGGAUUGGCAUUCAAUUUAUAUAUAUUAUGAUAAAUUAAUCGUCCCUUAUCGAAUAA